AUGCUGCUGAGCAUCAUCAGUAUUCACUGGGUUAUGCAGGUGCUGGUGUGCGACUCAGAGCUGGUCCCUCCGGGUUGGAGAGAACCUUUGGACUGUGUGAGAGCCUCUGAAAUGUGCAACCAGAACAGCCAGUGCAGCUCCCGCUACCGGAUCAUGCGCCAGUGCCUGUCUGGAGGAGACAAGGAGCGUAGUGCCAUGCUCGCAUCCAAGGAGUGCCAGGGGGCGCUAGAGGUACUGCAGGACUCUCCACUAUAUGACUGCCGCUGUAAGAGAGGCAUGAAGAAGGAGCUGCAGUGCCUCCAGAACUAUUGGAGCAUCCACAUGGGUCUAACUGAAGGAGAGGAGUUUUACGAGACAUCUCCCUAUGAGCCCUUCCACUUCUCAGAGGAGUUCCAGCUCGCCUCCAUCAUCUCAGACUCAUCUUUACAGAAGGCAAGCCCCUGCUCUGAAGCAGGGAAACCCUGUAACCCCUGUUUGGAUGCUGCUAAAGCCUGUAAUCUCAAUGACACCUGUAAACGACUACGGUCCAGCUACACCACAAUCUGCUCUAAGGCCACACCCCCUCAGCCAUCUCUGGCCAAUCAGGAGCCCUGCAGCCGGAAACGCUGCCAAAAGGCCCUACGUCAGUUUUUCGAGCGGGUGUCAUGGGAGCUGAGCUAUCCCCUGCUGUUCUGCUCCUGCCGGGACCAGGCCUGUGCUGAGAGGCGCAGACGCACCAUCAUCCCUGACUGCUCGCACCAGGAGAGACACAAACCCAGCUGUCUGGAUCUGCAGCAGCUCUGCCGCUCUGACGCUCUGUGCAGGUCUCGACUUGCGGACUACCACACUAACUGCCAGAUGACGCCUCACACUAUCACCAGCUGUCCGCAUGACAACUACUAUGGCUGCCUCAUGUCCUAUGUUGGCCUCAUAGGCUCAGAUGUGACGCCUAACUACAGCGACAGCAGUCCCUCCAACAUCACUAUCAGCCUGUGGUGCACCUGCAGGGGCACUGGCAAUCAGGAGCGAGUGUGCGAGGCUUUCCACCGCGACUUCACGCACAACACCUGCCUGAAAAAUGCCAUCCAAGCAUUUGGUUACGGCUCUGAGGGGGCACCACAUCACUCCACCGAACUAUCCUCAACAUUCUUACCCCCUGCCCAGCCGCCAAUCAUCGCUAAGCCCGCCCCCUCUUUCCACGGCAAUGCCAUUAAACCCCUAGACAGCGCCUGUAUGUUCUCCACAUGUGCCAACCUGCAGGAUGGAGGUCAGAAGUGCAUCCCAUCAGAAGAAUUCAAGUGUGAGGAGGCCCUGUUGACCCAUGGGUCGUUAGACUCUCAGGACACAGCUGAAGACCGUAGCAGCGGUUGGAAAUCAGCAUCCCUCCAUCAUAUGUGUGUGACGAUGUGCGUGUCCAUUCUCACAAUAUUUCUUCUCUCAUAAACGUGAACCUGUCCACCUCCAAAUCAGCAAUCAUACUUUGUCCUUAUACGUACACAACAAAUUCUCAUCUCCCUUGUAAAUGGCACGACCCAGAAAGCCACAGUGAAAUGCCAAG